GGGGGGCGGGCGGUGGAGAGAGAGAGAGAGCAUAGCUGCCAAGUUUUCCCUUUUCUCGCGAGGAAGCCUAUUCAGCAUAAGGGAAAAUCCCUUUAAAAAAGGGAUAACUUGGCAGCUAUGGAGAGAGAGACUCAAAGCAGCCCUAAGAGAUUGCCUGGGAUCUGGAGCGGAGCGGAGCGGCCUCCAAGUUGGGCAAACAGGCUGGCAUGCAAGCCACUUGUUGAUGGCUGGAGUGUAUCUGAUGACUGAAGCCGUGGGCAUCCAAACGGGUGGACGCUUAUACGGCUGGCAGAGGCAUGCCUACUCAGAAGUAAGUGCCGUUGUUUUCAGCGGAGUUGGCUCCCCAGUGAAUGGGCGAGCUAAGCGAGAGGAAGGACCCAACUGCCAGAAACUAGCACCGCUGCCCCUCCUGCCCCAAACUUUCCCUGGCCUCCGAAAUCUAUCCUGUUGCACCCUAGGCAAAACUCCACACCGUUUGGAGAAGAGGAGCAGCAGAAUGGCAAGCUGGAAUUAGUGGACAAGUAAACUGAGUUUGGACUGAGCUGUCCCCAUAUAGUUCCUUUCACCUUGUGUUCUGGAUCUUUGAUGCGUGGAUCAGGUGUUGGAGACGAGUGGGGUCUGAUCUGAACUUCUGGAGUUUUCUGGACUUUGUUGCCGCUCAACGCUGAAGAGGAAAUAAGAGACUGCUGCUUCUUUGCCUUCCCUACAGGGAUCCAUGUCGCCUCCUCGUGUCCAGUUCCCAGCGACCUUCCAGUAUGUCCUGGUUUAGCGGCAUCCUGGUGCCCAAAGUGGACGAGCGAAAGACUGCUUGGGGGGAGCGCAAUGGGCCCAAGCGCCACCGCCCAGCACUCUGUGGCCCACGCUACAUGAGUUGCCUGCAGGACCCGGAGCUGGAGCGUGGAGGCAGCGGGGGACUGGGCCUGAACUGUUCGUGGCAGGAGGACCACUAUGGCAAGAAGCCGCUGCCGCCACCACCGCCUGGCACUGGGGACCUGGGACUCAAAGCUGUGGACCUGGGCUUCGAGGACGGGGGUGGAGAGGUCAAGGGGCUCUCGGCCAGCGACUGCAGCCGGCGCCUGCUGCAAGUGUUCCGCUCCAAGCGCUUCCGUUCGGCCAAGCUGGAGCGGCUCUACCAGCGCUACUUCUUCCAGAUGAACCAGAGUUCGUUGACGGUGCUCAUGGGAGUCUUGGUGCUGGCUUGUGGCAUCAUGCUGCUGUUCCACUGCGUGCCUGGCGCCCCCCGUGUGCCCUAUGCUGCUGCCCUGGCCGUGGCGGCCGCCCUGUUCCUCUCGCUCAUGGUCCUCUGCAACCGGACUGGCUUCCACCAGGACUGCAUGUGGGCCGUGAGCUACCUGGUCAUUGGGGCGCUGUGCGGGGUGCAGGCUCUGGGCACUCUCCUGGUCUCGCCACGCAGUGCCUCUGAGGGCGUCUGGUGGAGUGUCUUCUUCAUCUACAUCAUCUACACCCUCCUGCCCGUCCGCAUGCGGGUGGCAGUCCUGGGUGGAGUCUUGCUCUCUGUGCUGCACCUGGUAAUCUCCUGGCACCAGAACAGGGUGGACUCCUUCCUUUGGAAGCAGCUUGGAGCCAACAUUUUGAUCUUCCUGUGUACCAACAUCAUUGGCAUCUGCACCCACUACCCGGCUGAGGUGUCGCAGCGCCAGGCCUUCCAAGAGACCCGAGGCUACAUUCAGGCACGGCUACACCUGCAACGUGAAAACCGUCAGCAGGAGCGGCUCUUGCUAUCAGUGCUGCCCCAGCAUGUUGCCAUGGAGAUGAAGGAGGACAUCAACACCAAGAAGGAGGACAUGAUGUUCCACAAGAUCUACAUCCAGAAACAUGACAAUGUCAGCAUUCUGUUUGCUGACAUUGAGGGUUUCACUAGCCUGGCGUCCCAGUGCACAGCUCAGGAACUGGUCAUGACACUGAACGAGCUUUUUGCCCGUUUCGACAAGCUGGCUGCGGAGAAUCAUUGCCUCCGCAUCAAGAUCCUGGGGGACUGCUACUACUGUGUCUCUGGACUUCCAGAACCACGGGCGGACCAUGCCCAUUGCUGCGUGGAGAUGGGCGUUGACAUGAUCGAGGCUAUUUCGCUGGUGCGUGAGGUGACGGGAGUGAAUGUGAACAUGCGUGUUGGGAUCCACAGUGGGCGUGUACAUUGUGGAGUGCUGGGGCUACGCAAGUGGCAGUUCGAUGUCUGGUCCAAUGAUGUCACUCUGGCCAACCACAUGGAGGCUGGUGGCAAAGCUGGGCGGAUCCAUAUUACGCGAGCUACGCUGCAGUACCUGAAUGAGGACUACGAAGUGGAGCCAGGGCACGGGGGCGAGCGCAAUGCAUACCUUAAGGAGCACAACAUCGACACCUUCUUCAUCGUGGGCUGCAGCCAGAAACGAAAAGAGGAGAAGGCCAUCUUAGCCAAGCUGCAGAGGGCUCAGGCCAAUUCUACCGAAGGACUGGUGCCUCGCUGGGUGCCUGAGCGCUCCUUCCCCAGGACAAAGGACUCUAAGGCCUUCCGACAGAUGGGUAUUGAUGAUUCCAGCAAAGACAACCGAAGCACACAGGAGGCCCUGAACCCUGAAGAUGAAGUUGAUGAGUUUCUGGGCAGAGCCAUUGAUGCUCGAAGCAUUGACCAGCUGCGCAAGGACCAUGUCAAACGCUUCCUGCUCACUUUCCAGAAGCCAGAGUUGGAGAAGAAGUAUUCCAAAAAGGUGGAUACCCGCUUUGGCGGCUACGUGGCUUGCACCGUGCUUGUCUUCUGCUUCGUUUGCUGCAUCCAGAUUGUCAUCUUCCCGCACACCAGCUGGUGGAAGCUCUCCAAGAUUUCAGACGGGAGUCUUUCCGAUCCCUGCCUGGAGACACCCGGGAUUGAGCACGGGACUUCCUGCAUGCAAAGCAGGUGUCGUACCACUAAACCGCAGGCCUUCUCUCAACUCCAUCUCCCUGUCCACAGCUCCCCUCUGAUGCUUGGCGCCUACAUCAGCAUCUUUGUCAUCCUGGCCACCAUCCUUUUUGUCUGUGCCAUCUACUCCUGCCUUGGCCCUUUUCCAGCCGCCUUGCAGCGUGUCUCCCGCAAGAUUAUCCAGUCGCGAAUGAACAGCACGAUUGCUGGUGUUGCUGUCAUCCUGCUGGUCUUCAUCUCUGCUUUUGUUAACAUGUUUGCUUGCAGCCGGCUCCGCCUCCAAGACUGCGCUGCCAGCUUUCUCAACAUUACCCCAUCCACCGUGGGGCCCUGCCACCUACGUGCCCUCAACUACUCAUUGGCAUCAGAAACUCUGCCCUGCCAGGGAAAUGGUGCAUCUAGCUGCAGCUUCCCUGAGUACUUCACUUACUCGGUGUUGCUGAGUCUACUGGCUUCCUCUGUUUUCCUGCACAUCAAUAGCCUUGGGAAGCUGGCGUUGCUGAUGGGGAUGGAGGCGGUGUACCUGGCGGUGGCCGAGGGCCCCCAGGGGGUGUUGUUUAACAACUACGACCUGCUGGUGGCUGCUAAUGCCCUGCCAGCCUUCAAUGAGACCCACAGUAGUCAAGAUUGUUCUGCAGAGGGGAAAGUGGCCCUACAGUACAUGACACCUGUCAUCCUGCUGCUCUUUGCUUUGGCACUCUACCUGCAUGCCCAGCAGGUGGAGUCUACAGCCCGGCUGGACUUUCUCUGGAAACAACAGGCUACAGGUGAGAAAGAGGAGAUGGAGGAACUUCAGGCCUACAAUCGUCGACUGUUGCACAACAUCUUGCCCAAAGAUGUGGCCGCUCACUUCCUGGCCCGCGAGCGCCUCAAUGACGAGUUGUACCACCAGUCGUGUGAAUGUGUCGCCGUCAUGUUUGCCUCGAUCAGUAACUUCUCAGAGUUCUACGUGGAGCUGGAAGCCAACAAUGAAGGCGUUGAAUGUCUGCGGCUGCUCAAUGAGAUAAUUGCUGACUUCGAUGAGAUUAUCAGUGAUGAGCCAUUCAGGCAGCUGGAGAAGAUAAAGACAAUUGGCAGUACCUACAUGGCGGCCUCAGGGCUGAAUGACAGCACCUAUGACCGCGAAGGGCGCUCCCAUAUUACAGCGCUGGCAGACUAUGCGAUGCGGCUCAUGGAGCAGAUGAAAUAUAUCAACGAACACUCAUUCAACAACUUCCAAAUGAAAAUUGGGCUAAAUAUUGGGCCAGUAGUGGCUGGGGUGAUUGGAGCCCGAAAGCCACAGUAUGACAUUUGGGGCAACACGGUGAAUGUCUCUAGCCGUAUGGACAGCACUGGUGUCCCUGACCGUAUUCAGGUGACAACUGACCUAUAUCAGGUAUUGGCAGCCAAAGGUUAUCAGCUGGAGUGUCGUGGGGUCAUCAAGGUCAAGGGCAAAGGCGAGAUGACCACCUAUUUCCUGAAUGGAGGCCCCACCAGUUAGCAAGAAAAGAGCCUUUGCUUAACAAAGGGACCUAUUAAGCUGGGCUCCGUCAGGCAGCAUGGGGUUGAUUGGUUCUCUGUCUUUCUUUCUUUGCUCUGGAUUUUGGAACACACCCUCUUAAAAAGGGAAAAACCCCUACAGCUUCUGAAAUGGGAUCCUUGAUAGUGUUGGAGAUGUCAGGGGGUCGCUUUACCCCAUACAAGACUUAUUUUUUAUUUAUUUGGAGCAAAGCCUAACUUGGAGUGCCUCCUUUUGGGCCCGUGUGGGUGCUAUUGUGGGGUAAAGUUGUUGUGAACCUUCUGCCGCUCUUGGGAUCAACCAAAGGACCUGGUGAAGGGAGGUGGCAGCAGGGGUCAGAAGACCCCACACAUGUCUAUCUGUGGAUCUAGAAAGCUGACAUACCCUGAAGCAUUGCUCGGAUAUUUUUUGAGAGGGGCUCCAUUUCUCUUAUGGCGCCAUUUUGCUGAGACUUUCCAGAAGCGCAGCGACGGCACUUUUCUCUUGAGGGAGGUGACUUCCCCCCAGUGCAUUUUGUUGAUCACAUCUCUCAGCAAACACCCACUCUGUCUUUUUGUUUCUCUCUGUGUGUGUUUCUUUCACACACAUAACAAGCUCUCACAAAAUCACUGUGAUGUUUGGGAAUAUCUCUCUCUCUCUCUCUCUCUCUCUCUCUCUCUCUCUCUCUCUCUCUCUCUCUCUCUCUCUCUCUCUCUCUCUCUGAGAGAUUGUCAUUUGGGGUACGGUUCUCAUUUGCCAAAUUGCUGUGAUUGCUAUGUCUGGUUGGAAUGAAGUGGAGUGAUGACAAGCACUUGGGGUGCUUUGAGAGGGGGGAAAUGGGACAGUGUCUGGGGGUUGUGGUUUUGAUGCCAAAGAGAGGGAAGGAAACAGGCCUUCUUUCCCCUGCCUCCCCUGCCACUCCAUCUCCUCUAAUAGCCAGGGAAAGAGGUUUUGCUGCCCUGUGGAGAUGCAAACCUGCCAUAGGUGCCUGAAGUAAAGGGGACGGAUUGUUUUGUGUGCAGCCCUCCUCUCCCACCUUACUGCAGACAGGAGCUUCUCCCCUACUCACUUGGGACCCCAAAAUAAAAAAGUAGAAAUUAUUUAACAGGAGCUGGAAUUGGCAGACAAAGCAAGCUCCUUCCUUGCAGCCCACUCUCAUGGAUCUUUUGCUAUUAAGUGCCAUGUCUCUUCUCCACUCCCCCCCCCCGGUUUUAUCCAUCUUUUAGGUUUGGUCAAGUUGGUUCUGCUGACCUUGAUUUUGGGGUGUGUGAGGGUAUUUUCCCGUCUUUCUCAUACAUAUUAUAUAUGUAGCUCCAGAAAAAUAAUAAUGUAUCCCACUUCUGCUCCUUUUCCCAGAUGUUUGAAGGGUUGAGGGUAGGUGGGUGUGCUUAUCCUAAGCAAAGUGGACUUCCACAAAUUUGGCGUCUGGCUGCCCUAGUGAACGUUUGCUGUGGCCCUCCUGAUUGGGAGGAAACACAGUAGAUGACAAAAUCAGCAAAGUGAGAGCUCUGUGUUAAUUGCUGGAUUUAAGUUGGCGAGAACAUGGCCCUGAGGUGGAGGAGGAGAAGACCCUUGACUCCUUUUAUUUUUAUUAGCCACGGUGGGUGGAAAAGGGGAUCUAUUUGCACCAAAGUACUAACUGGUCGUAGGAACUCCAGAAACCACGUGUAAAAAAGAUUUGAAAGAGAGCUCAUUGCUGAGUGGUGAAAGUGUGCUGAAAGUGUGUCCGUUUGGUGUAGAAGGGCAGGUCCAUGUGGUCAGUAGCUGGGGCAACUGGCUAAUGGCACAGUUAUAGAGCGCUUGCUGUUUCCCAGAUUAAUGGGGUUGUGGCUGCCAUUUUGAAAUGCCCCAUCUACUUCUGUAGCCCCUGUAGGGGCAAGGGGGCACCUUGGAUAGUGCAGGCUUGCAGCCUGCUUUCAUUCUGCCUGUUUCCUCUUUAAUUUUCCCAUUUUAUGCAGUGGGUACAAUUCCCCCUUUGAAGGAACCACCUUCGGCCUAUUUUCACUUGACCCUGUUCCAAGGAGUCUUUUAUCUGCAGCUGUGGAUAUGUGUGUAUGGAUAAACAUACACAUGGAUAAGCAUGUGUAUGGAUAUGUCCCACCCACUACCAUAGUUUGGGUCUUGUCCCUCUCAAAUAUGAUGUUGGCAAGUUACAGCCCCCUUUUUCACCUUUUGUUACAUAGGAUUCCAGGACUAAACCAGAUUCCUUGGAAACAAGGUUUAUUUUGCUCAACUCUUUGUCACAAGUGACACCUAAAUUGGGGAACAUCUAAGCCAGGCAUCCCCAAACUGCGGCCCUCCAGAUGUUUUGGCCUACAACUCCCAUGAUCCCUAGCUAAUAGGACCAGUGGUUGGGGAAGAUAGGAAUUGUAGUCCAAAACAUCUGGAGGGCCAAAGUUUGGGGAUGCCUGAUCUAAGCCAUGGGGAAGCAAGGUAGCUGUGUGAAAUCUCUAUUCCAUUGAAGGGGAUGGAUAAAGCGGAAAACAACUAUUUUUAAUUGAAAAAAUGAGUCUUUUAAAGAAGGAGGGAAAGAAGUUGAAGAUUAUGAUUUUUAAGUUUACUUAAUGGUUUUAAAAGCUCUUGUAUUCCUUUAAUUUUUUAAAAAAGAAAAGAUUAUUUUUAAUGGACAACAACUGUCAUUGUGCAUAGCCUAUGAGUUAUUGAUGCUCACCAUGGGGAAGACUAUGUCAUAGCUGCCAAGUUAUCCCUUUUUUUAAGGGAUUUUCCCUUAUGCUGAAUAGGCUUCCUCGCGAGAAAAGGGAAAACUUGGCAGCUAUGGACUAUGUAGGAGAAGAGAGGGAGCUUUAAAAAACCCACUCCCUCUAGGGCUACUGCGAAAAUGGCUCAGUUGUGUUCCUUGGGCAAGGUGUAUGAGCAGAGUGGGCAAUAUGGCACUUAUUUGGUACUUUUUUUCUUUUUGUGUGUGUGUAUAUAUAAAUUAUAUAUUAAAGAUCACUUUCUAUUA